CCUUGCUUCCACAUUCUUCUUCACUGGUUUCUGGUUUCCGUUGGUCGCCAUUAGACAGACCAAAGGAAUCAAGGAGUCCCCUGGACGAGUCGAGAGAGAUGAACCCCCACCAUCUCCAUCUCACUCUAUAAAUACCUCGACUGAGCUUUUGGGGAGGCAACAGUUUCGUGUUUCUGCGCUUAUUGGACAAGUUAAACUAUCAGGUCUCGUUUCUGCUGUGUCUUUAAAGUCUUGCCAGCAGAAGGCAGAAGGUGGGUGGUGACGGGAAGAUGAAGAGGGCAUCUUUCUUGGUGUUGUUAAUCGCGUCGUUGCUGGUGGGGGUGACGUUCCUGCCGCUGACGGCGAGCGCCCUGCUGCCCUACAGUAGGCUGUGGGACAUGAUGAUUCCUCAGGAAGCCGUGGAUCCCUUCAAGAUCCUCGAACAUUCCCCUAUUACAAUUUCCAAGUCUCUGGAUAUGACCUUGACCCUUGCUCGCGCCGAUUGGAUGGAGACGUCUCAUGCUCAUCUCAUCACCCUCGACGUCCCUGGAGUGAAGAAGGAGGACAUACAGAUUGAGGUAGAGGAGGGAAGGGUACUGAGGAUCAGCGGCGAGAGGAAAGAGGAGGAGAAGGAGGCGGAAGGCGACAAGUGGCACCGGGGGGAGAGGCCCGUCGGCAAGUUCUGGCGGCAGUUCCGGCUGCCCUUCAAUGCGAACUUGGAUGCCGUCAAGGCACACCUGGAGAAUGGUGUUUUGAAGGUAACCAUCCCCAAGCUGACGGAAGGGAAGGGUAGACAGCCUAAGGUCAUCGACAUCGUGGAAAAUCCGUCUGCCGGCGACAUCAGCGCCUCCAAGGCCGAGCUGAAAUGAAACCGCUAGCAGAAGUUGCUCUGCUGCGGCCUCCUAGAGUCUCAUCUACCGUUCUGUUCGUCCUUAGUUAGUUCGGUUGUAGUGUAUGUGAAGCAGAAUAUUUUGUGUAAUGGAAC